UCAUCACAGCUAACAAUUCCUUUUCUCUCAUUCUCUCUCUUCAUAAGUUUUUCCCUUUCUCUCUCUUCCAUUUCCCUGUGCAUUAAUCAUAACAGCAUCAAUGGAGGUUCUGUUGCAUUUCUAGUUAACUUUUUUUUUUUUUUUUUUUUGCAAUUUGGUUAGUUGAGGUUGUUGGUUAGGUUUGUUACGUUCCGUUACGGCCAUGGAGUUGGAGCAUCCAACAACAACGCAUCUCAACUCCGCCAUGACCUUCGAUGAAGUCUCCAUGGAACGCAGCAAGAGCUUCGUCAACGCCUUGCAGGAACUUAAGAACCUGAGGCCUCAACUUUAUUCUGCUGCAGAAUACUGUGAAAAAUCUUAUCUCCAUAGUGAACAGAAACAAAUGGUACUUGACAACCUGAAAGAUUAUGCUGUAAGAGCCCUUGUGAAUGCUGUUGAUCAUCUUGGAACUGUUGCAUACAAGUUAACUGACCUUCUUGAGCAACAAACAUUGGAUGUCUCAACUGUGGAUUUGAAGGUUUCUGCCCUAAAUCAGAAACUUCUUACAUGCCAAAUUUACACUGAUAAAGAAGGUCUUCGGCAGCAGCAAUUGUUGGCUUUCAUUCCCAGACAUCAUAAGCACUACAUUUUGCCAAAUUCUGUCAAUAAAAAGGUACAUUUCAGUCCCCAUAUACAGAUUGAUGCAAGACAGAAUCCAUUUCAAACCAGAACUCGUUUUCAAUCUUCAGGUACCCCUGCAUCAAAAACUCUUUCAUGGCAUUUAGCAUCAGAGACUAAAUCUACCUUAAAAGGGACUUCACAACCUUCACCGAACAUUGAAAACCCAAAAUUUUCUGCCAAGGCCGCGGGAGUUUUCCACCUUUUAGAUAAUGAAGAGAGCACCUGGAUGAAAUCCUCACCAGCAAAAAUUCACUUACCAAAUGGAGUUCCUACUUCUGGUGUACCCAUGCAUACUUUGGGUGGCACACGCAGGGAUGCAUUGGAGGGUUCCAAACCAUUGACAGCAUUCAAGUCACUUGACAACCCGAAUCGGCGUGAGAAUGUCCAAAUUCCUACUCGGAGCAAAAGUGUGCUAUCAGCUUUCUUUGUCAAGCAGAAAACACCAAAAUUGAAGGCUGGUUCUUUCUCAUGAAUACCUCCCAAGGCAAUCCCUUCCCCCAUGCAACUGCAAGGUUCUCCAUGGAUGUGGAGAUGUCACUAAUUUUUGGAUUAAAGAGUGGGGAUGUUACUUUAAUCUAGCCAGAUGCUUUAUUCUCUUUCCUUUAACCAUGCCUCUACAAAAUGCUCAGAAUUAAGUGGUUUCUGGUUCAAGCCUUCCAAUAAUGACAGUGUAUAGUAUUCAGGCACCUGUAAAAGGUAUAUUUGUGGUAUGUCUAUGCAAAAAAGGUUACAUUAACUUUCUUGUCCUUAGAAUUUUGAAGUUUCCAAGGUAGGCUCUUGUUCUGAUAUCUAUUCCUUUUGACUAAUAAGAUAGCAUUAAACCGUUUGA